AUGGCGGAGGUCAUUCUCCGCUCCGGCAGCAGAACUUUAAACAUUUCGCAGAAACUGUACAACUAUUCACCGCUGAAACCUCAAAAGAAACACGGAAAAGGUAUUUUCAGCGCUCGUCGGGGCUCCUGUUUGGGACAUUUAACGUUCACCAGGACGUAUGGAAACUGCGCCCGAGAGGAGCCGCUUUACAGAACCAAAACGGGCUAUUACGACAUCCUCGGCGUGACCCCGACGGCUAGCCAAGCUCAGAUUAAAACCGCCUACUACAAGCAGUGCUUCCUCUACCAUCCUGAUAGGAACGCCGGCAACGAGGAGGCCACCGUGAGGUUCUCGGAUAUCAGCGAGGCCUACUCGGUGCUGAGCCACAAGGCCCUGCGGAGGAAGUACGACCGAGGCCUCUUGAGCCAGCUCGACCUGACCACCAAGACCAACACCGGACCCUCCGCCGCCUCCAAGUCCGAAAGCGGGAGCUCUUCGGCGGUGUACCGACGAGGGAGCAUCUUCGACUUUGACCAGUUUCUUCGCUCGCAUUACGGCGAGCAGCUCAAGAAGGAGAGAGACAUUCGGCAAAAGAAGGAGGAGAUGUUGAGGAGACGCCGGGAGACGAUGGCGGAAAGAAACAAGGAGAGGACAAUGGAGGUGGGCGUUGUUUUGCUGCUGUUGGCCGCAGUCACACUGGUGGUCACCUUGAGAGGAGCGUCGAGAUGAUCUCAUCUGGACAGCUUUCCGCUUUAAAACUGUUCAUAUUUCAGGCAGAGGCGUUGCGUCCCAUUAGGCAAACCAGGCAAUUGCCUAGGGCCCCCAGCCAGCAGGGGUCCCCAGAUGGCCAACAGAAGUAGCACACGCAGCGACAUGUAUAGGGAGUGUUUCAAUACCAUGGAAUCAUUUGGUAGAUUAUCUAACGACUCUGUUAUCAAUCCCAAUCAGCACUAACCAUGUCUCGCAGAUUAUACUGUACAUGUUUAAGAAAGUUCACUCAGCUAUUAAUACCAAAUGAUUGUCUAAAUAGUGACUCAUCAAGUACUGAUUGGAAAGUCCUUGCCGGAUUGUUUUAUGUUGAUUUUCACAGGCCACCUCAUUAUUCAUGUGACUACUUAAAGAAAUGGUAAUUUUUCCUAAAAAGUCUAUUAACGGGUCUAUCGUAUUCCUCGUCGAAUACUCUAUAAGAAAAAUAUAACAUAUAUGCAUCUAAAAUAAUCCUAAACAAUUUUAUUAGCAAAUUUAAUACUCAUUUCGGUCGGUAGUCCACCAAUCAGUGUUUUUUACGGAAUAAUUUGAAUUUGGUGGGUCGUAGGGCCAAUCUAACUGAUUUCAUAUUUUUGUGUUGGUACUCUUCCAUUGCUUCAAGUCCAAUUGUCCACCUUACUUGCACACGCUCGAAGGGCCCCAUGUUGGUUGUUGCCUGGGGCACCCAGGGACCCUCGCUACGCCUCUGAUUUCAGGCACACUUUGUAAUAAAUCUAUGUCUUUGCGUUAUAGCCCGCCAGAAAUGAAUAGAAUAAUCAGCAGCGCAGUCUCCAUGAGAUGAUUGGCUGGAUGUUCAUCAAGUUUUUGUGCCAAUGACAGCGAUAUUUCUAAUUUCAUGUUCCUUUUGGGGCAUGUACAGGUCACUUCAUGUUGAUUUUGAGUCACUUCCUAUUCAUUUGGGGGACGUUCCCGGGUAAUUUCCUGUUGAGUAACCCAAAAUUGACAGGAAGUGACCAAAAAAUCAGAAAUUAAAGAAUGAUUUUUGUUGAAUGUGCCUAUUUAUUAAUACGUUUUUUUAUGAAAUAGAGAUUACAGAGUAUUAUAUUUGAGAGAAUUCUUUCCGGGCACACAAGAAGUGCAAUUCUACUUUACCUCAUUAAGGCCGCCGAGGUCGUGUUGUGAUCACACUUAUUGCGUUUUUAAAUUAGUAUUCAAUAUAAUUCAGAAAUGAGGGAAGUCUUUUUUUUUUUAAAGGAAAAAAUGUUCAUCUUUGAAUGGUUGCUGUGGAUGCAAUGUCAGGAACUGCUUCAUGUAGCAGUGUUUUUCAACCUUUUUGGGGUCACGGCACGUUUUUACAUUGGAAAUUGCGGCACACCUCAAACCAAAAAGUUGGGUCUAAAACUCGUUCUUUUAACUUAAGGCAAGCUGACAAAAGGCAGGGCACGAAGUGAGGCAGAGUCAGAGAGUUUACGUUUUUCAACCUGCAGGUUGGGAGAGCCAGGAGACAAGGGUUCCGCGACCAAUGCUGUCUCAUCAAAGUCUCUCUCCGAGCUCCCCCGCGCUGCUAACUUUUAUUGAGGGCUUGUUGCUGGGCAGAAUACAGUUACGACACUAUUGUCCAACGUGGCAGUUUUGAUCGGGCAAGUUCCUUAUUCGAGUCAUUGAUUUAACAGUCACUCUUGAUUGAAUUAACAGUCACACUCUUGAGCGGGCAAGAUAUCUUUGUUUUGAACACACAUUUGCACUCAAAGUACUGUAGCUUGGUGGAAAAGUACUGAGACGUUGUGUGAUGAAUCAACAUAUGCGUGUGUAUCUAUCAGCGGGAUGUGAGCAAUUGCCGGUAAUAAAAAUGUAAGCACAUGAUUAUUGGCUAAAACUGUAUUCUUCAUAAUAGCUUGAGAGUGAGCGUAUAAUAGCUGUGGGAGAGCAAUCUUGUAUGACCCGCAUACAAUUAAGCAUAUCUUACAGUUCCAAAAUUAUUUUCUGUACAGUAUAUUUAAUUUUAAAAUAAUUUCUCAAUAUUUAUACUUAUUCAGUGUGAAACUUGAAACUUAGAUGAACACAAAGCCGAUAUCCUAGCAGGAAUCAUCGUCAACAGCUCUCAGUCUCGCUCUGUUGUUAUUUUUUCAUUGCAGCUAGGCUUGAAAACCUAAGAAUUAUCAGACAGGUGGACUUAAGCAAUGUCUUUAACCGCACCAGGGCCGAGCAUCUCGCUGACAAUAGCUUUGCAGGCAGGUAAUAUUAAGGUCUCUGCCACAGAGUGGGACUUUUUGGAUUUAGCAACAAGUUCAGCAACAAGGCUUUAAGGGCUUUCUCAUUUACCUUUGUAGUUUUUCCCCAAAAAGUGUUUUCACUAGGGCUGUCAGACGAUUAACAUUUUUAAUCAAGUUAAUUACAGAUUAAAAAUUAAUCGUAAUUAAUCGCAAUUCAAACCAUCUCUAAAAUAUGCCAUAUUUUUCUGUAAAUUAUUGCAAAUUCUGCAAAGAUGGCAGAGCAACAAAAGAGACAAAAGUUUUGUCCAACGAGGGGAAAAAAAGGGAGGCUAGUAGACUAACAGGAUACUCAAGAGUAAACAUUGGCCUGGCUUUCGCUGGCGUGACACCCAAGUCCUUAAUCAAACGAGUUCGGGUUAGCCACACUAAAGCCACAUGCUUGCUAACCAUCAUAUUCGAUUGGAUUUAUUACCUUAUUACUAUGCACCUUUCACACAGCCGCUGGAAACAAAUGUCGUUUAAUCCAUCUGUAGGAGACGGGAGAUCAUGAUUUUAUGACACUGUGCGGGUGUGCGCUGGUCCUCAUGGGAAACAUGAUCUUCCUUUAGGCAAAACACUACCACAUUUGUCCACCGGCGUUGCUUAAAUCAACCAAAACUGAAAAGUUGCCUAUUGUUGCUUUAAAUUCAAUUUGUUUAACAGACGUUUUUCUUUGAGUAUCAAGAAUGUGCAACUCCAGCUUCUGAACCAGAAAGAUUUCUGUAGCAUGGCUAAGAUAUAUUAAAAUGACUGCUAUUGAUAGUUCUGAAAUGUGCCUUUUGUUCAGAAAAAAUGCAUUUUCUUUCUAUUUAAGGAAUAAAUUGGCCUCACCUGAAAAAGCACUGGAUUGUUUGUUUUGUGUUCUUAUAUUCACAUACUGCAACGAUUAACUCGAGUAAUUCAGUUAGAAAAAUUUCGAAUCAAAUUUUCAGUUUCGAGUAUUUGUUUCAUUAGAGUCGCGUUGUGAUGGUUUGUUUUGAAAGUGUUUGCAUUUUUAUUUGGGUGGAUACACUGCCUUCUAGUGGCAACAUUGAAUACAACAUUUUUAACGUGUCUAAAUCCAGCUGCUCCCUGUUAAGACAAACUUGAGGUAAGUUUCUGUUUGAGCUAAUGUUUUUUAAUGCAUUCGUAAUUUAAUUUAUAGGUAUAUUUGGCCUUUUUUUGUGGGAAUAUGUGUUUGAACAAUUUGUUAAGAGUAUUGUAAAACAACGUUAGCAUUUUAUAGCAUUUAAACUAACGGACCUUUGCCAUGCUAAGUUAGCCAAUUGUUCUUUUGUUGGACUUUAAAGCUUCAACUCAAAUUUUGCUGCUUCAAGUAUUCAAGGUAUUGUAAUGGUUUGUUUUGAAAGUGUGCGUUUUUAUUUGAAUGGAUAAACUGUCUUCUAUUGGCAACAGUGAAUACGACAUGUUUAACAAGUCUGAAUCUACCUGCUCCCUGUUCAGACCAACUUAAGGUAAGUUUUAGUUUGAGCUAAUAUGUUUUUUAAUGCAUUCGUAAUGUAGUUUAUAGGUAUAUUUAGCCUUUUUUUGUGGGAAUAUGUGAACAAUUUGUUAAGAGUAUUGUAAAACAACGUUAGCAUUUUAUAGCCAGCGGACGUUUGACAUGCUAAUUUAGCCAGUUGUACUUUAGUGUAAGCUUCGAUUCAAAUUUGCUGCUUCAAGAAUUUGCUGUGUUUUUUUUCUUAUUUGGGUGGAUACACUGCCCUCUAGUAAUAGCAGUGAAUAUGACAUGUUUAUUAUGUGUAAAUCCAACUGCUCCCUGUUAAGACCCAACGUAAGUUAAGUUUUUCUUUGAGGUAAUGUUUUAAUCCAACUGCUCCCUGUUAAGACCAACAUAAGGUAAGUUUUUGUUUAAGCUAAUGUUUUUUUUCUUCUAAUGCAUUCGUAAUUUAAUUUAUAGGUAUACUUGGCCUUUUUUGUGGGGAUAUGUGUUUGAACAAUUUGUUAAGAGUAUUGUAAAACAACGUUCGCAUUUUACAGCAUUCAAUUUAAUGGACUUUUGCCAUGCUAAGUUUGCCAAUUGUUCUUUUGUUGUACUUCAGUGUAAACUUCAAAUUUUGCUGCUUCGAGUAUUCUUUUCAUUAGAGUGGUGUUGUAAUGGUUUGUUUUGAAAGUUUUUGCAUUUAGUUUUAUUGGGUGGAUACACUGCCCUCUAGUGAUAUCAGUGAAUACGACAUGUUUAACAUGUCUGAAU